AGGGGGGCGGGGCGUGGGGGCGGGUCCAGAGGGGCGGAAGCGUCCGGCCGCGCUCCUUCGGCCAUGGCUCCGCUGAUGCUGAUGCUGCUCUGCUGCUGCGGGGACGCCGCGGGGACUCCGGAGCUCCGCCGGCCGCCCUCCCGCAUCGGGGUGAUCGGGGCCGGCAUCGGGGGCACCUCGGCGGCCUAUUUCCUGCGCCAGAAGUUCGGCCGAGAGGCGCGCAUCGACGUCUUCGAGCGGGGCGAGGUGGGGGGCCGCCUGGCCACCGUCCAGCUGGAAGGCAGGGACUACGAGGCGGGGGGCUCCGUCCUGCACCCGCUCAACCUCCACAUGAAGCACUUCGUCAAGGAACUGGGGCUUCCUGUUCCUCAGAGUCAAGAUGGGCUCAUGGGCAUUUACAAUGGGGAGGAAUUUGUCUUUGAGGAGAGCGGCUGGUAUGUCUGGACUCUUCUGAAGCUCUUGUGGCGUUACGGGCUGAACCCCCUGCGGAUCUACAUGUGGGUGGAGGAAGUCCUUGAAAAGUUUAUGAGGAUCUAUCGGUACCAGUCGCACGACUAUGCCUUCAGCAGCCCUGAGAACCUGCUCCAUGCCCUUGGAGGGGCGGACUUCCUUCACAUGUUGAACCACACCAUCGAUGAGUCCCUGCAAAAGGCCAGAUUUUCUCAGGCAUUCAUCAACGAAAUGGUCACUCCUAUAAUGCGAGUCAACUAUGGGCAAAGUGCCAGCAUCAACAGCUUCGUAGGAGCUGUAUCUUUGGCCGGAGCGAGUGGAGGACUUUGGUCGAUAGAAGGAGGCAAUAAAUUGGUGUGUACAGGCCUCCUGUAUACUUCCAAAGCCCAGCUGAUUUCUGGUCCCGUUAUCUCCAUAGAAGCAAAAACAAGGCCGAAGCCCCGUGCAGGUGGUCUGACAAAGCAAUAUGAGGUUACCUACAACUCUACGUCUGGAGUAACAUCAGAUGUCUACGACAUCCUCCUCAUCGCUACUCCUUUGCAGCGCCAAAUCGCCAACAUAACUUUCCGCAACUUCGAUCCACGGAUCCCCGACUUCUCUGCUCCCUACCAUCAGACAGUGGUAACGUUUGUCCACGGGCACAUCAAUGCUUCUUUUUUUGGCUAUCGGGAUCCUUCUCGGUUCAACCUGCAGACCAUUUUCACGAUGGAAGAUCCUCAUCUGUUCAUCAGCAGCCUUGGGAUGGUUUCUCCGGUGAAGGACAACCACCUGGGCCCUCCUGUCUGGAAAGUGUUCUCCCAUCAGCUGCUGACCGAUGAGCAACUGAAGCUGCUUUUCUCAUCCUAUGACUUGGUGGAAGUACGGAAGUGGUUGGCCUACCCACACUACAGUCCCCCUCAGAAGUGCCCCCCUUUCGUUCUCCAUGACCACAUGUAUUACGUCAGCGCCAUAGAAUGGGCAGCCAGCGCCAUGGAGAUGAGCGCAAUCUCUGCCAAAAAUGCGGCCCUCUUGGCUCACCAUCAUUGGUACAAUAAGAUGGAUAGGAUUGAUCAAGAGGAUUUGCACGAGAGACUCAAGACAGAGCUUUGACUUGGCAUGACAAGCAUUGGGGGGAGGCUUCGAAGGGUGUGGGAAACUUGCCAUGUAGCUUGGGUGUUGGAUAUGAGUGCGCAACAUGUCUGAACUCUGAAAUGCUCCAUUUGCAGCCCAAAACGUUAAGCUUCAAAUAACUUUGCUUGGCAGCAACUAGGGCAGCUUUGAGCUCAGUACAUUCCUACAAGGGCCAAAAUAUUUUUAGGGAGGUAAGAAAGGGUUUGAAAAUGUUUCAAGCUUCUGUUUGCAACCAUCACUGUUAAUCCUACUUGGUUCUCCAAGGAAACAGGUUUAAAGGGAAUUCUGGGCAACAGCCUUUUAAAAACUACUGUAUCUUCUGGAUUUCUUUUGCAAAUCACGUUACUUGUUAUAAGUCUUUGGGGCACAAGAAAAACCUUAAAUAAAGCCUUCAGUCUAACAACUUAGGUAUUUUACAUAGCAAUGUUUCUUAAAGCCACUGGAUAAAGUUGUCAAGAGACUUCAUGUACUUAGUUUUGCAGACAAUGAUUCCCAACAAUUCAUUACUUUUGAUUGGAAGGUAUUUUUACAAUUCUUGGAAGCCAUUAGUAUGGGGAAUGACACAGAAGAAAAUGAAUAUGCCCAAUUUGAAUCGCUGAAUUGGGCUGUUCAAAUAACUGAAGUGAUUCUCUUUAAAAUUCAUAUUUUAAAAGCUUUAUGGAAAUAAGGACUUGUAAGAGGAGAAUUCAGCUGCUCCAGGCAUUGAAACGAUGAGGUAUCAGUUCUGAAUAAGCCCCUUCUUUUUUUUGAAGGAGGAGGAAAUUGGACAUUCAGGAUUGCUUUUCGCAAACUCUUUCCACAUAUAAAUAGCAGACCAACCGAGCCAUUUGGUUGUGACAGGAACUGAUACUGGCUUGUUGCUUGAACCCCUUGCUGUGGACGGGGGGACCAGCCAGUUUUCGUGUCAGGACUGAAACUCGCAGUCCUGUUUCUGGCCUGGUGCCUUCACCACUAGACCAAACUUCAUAUUAAAAAAUAUAGCUUGAGAGAGAGGAAAAUAAAGUAUUUAUAAAAUGGAGAGAAGGAUUAAUCAAAAUUAUCUUAUGGUUAUUCUUAUAACAAUUAUUUUAUGCUUAUUCAGGCAGUCAGGAAAAUUGUACUGGCAAGUGGCUUUUCUUUUUACCUAAAAGCAGUAGGAAAAAAACAUACCUCAGCUACCAGGUGUAUGGUUCUGUGAACUGCUGGUGCCAUCCACUCGUGAUUGUGUUAGGCAGAGAACUGGCUAGCAGCAAUUUACAGGUAACAGGUUAGGUAAACUUUCUAACUUUAUUAAAAGUGGGAGGAACUCA